AUGACCACGCACUCUCGACACGCCGACGAUGAGCUGAUACACUCGUUCAUCAACCACAGCAAGCAUUUGCGCAAGAUCCUGCUUCCCGUCUUUGCCGACCUGCAGUUCUGCGUGGUGUUUCGUCUUUUGCCAAUGCGCGCUCGAUUUUGGUUCCUUGUCGCUUCGAACCCGCGUAUCCAGUACUGUGUGCAAGAUGGAUGCAAUGCAAUCGAGACAGAGCAACAUCUGUUUUUCGACUGCAAUCUCGCAUCACGUCUGUGA